GAGGUGGCUGAAUGCCCCUGCCUGGAGGUGUUUCCAGAGGCAGAGCUGAGUGCCGAGGGCCAUGGCUCAGCCCCAGCCGUGGCAGAGUCCAGCACGCUCGGGCUGGGUGAUGCCGAGGGGCUCCUGCAGCCAGCAGCCCGCGGGGCUCCGCCGCCGGUGCGGAGCCGCUCGCAGGGGCGGGUCGCGGCGCAGUCGCCGCCUUCUCGCCCUCCCUGCCCUCCGUCCCCGCCGCCACUGCGGGCCGGGCUCUGAGGCGGAGCGGCGGCGGCCGGGACGAGGAGAAAUCCCUGCAAGGUUGGGCUCCUCUAAGUAUGGAAUCAGUCUCCAUGAUGGGAAGCCCCAAGAGCCUCAACGAGACUUUCCUCCCAAACGUUGCCAAUGGCAUCAAGGACAGCAGUAAGGCCACAAUAGGCAUCAUUGGCAGUGGGGACUUUGCCAAGUCCUUGACCAUUAGGCUGAUCAGAUGUGGCUUCUGCGUGGUGGUGGGGAGCAGGAACCCCAAGCUUGCUGCCGAGUUCUUUCCCCACGUGGUGGAUGUGACUCACCAUGAAGAUGCAGUAGUGAAGGCCAACACCAUUUUUAUCGCCAUUCACAGAGAACAUUAUGCCUCCCUCUGGGACCUCAAGCAUUUGCUUGCUGGCAAAAUCCUGAUCGAUGUCAGCAAUAACACCAGGCUUGGCCAAUACCCAGACUCCAAUGCAGAGUAUCUGGCAUCACUCUUCCCAGAUUCCCAGGUUGUCAAAGGGUUCAACGUGGUUUCAGCCUGGUCCCUGCAGCUGGGACCAAAGGAUGCCAGCAGACAGGUCUAUGUCUGCAGUGACCACCUGCAGGCUCGCCAGCAGGUGAUGGAGCUCGCCCGGCAGCUCGGCUUCACGCCCGCCGACCUGGGGGCACUGUCGUCCUCCAGGGAGAUUGAGAACGUCCCUCUGCGCCUCUUCACGCUGUGGAAGGGGCCUGUGCUGAUUGCAAUUAGCCUGGCAACCUUCUUCUUCAUCUAUUCCUUCAUCAGAGAUGUGAUCCACCCCUACGUGAGGAACCAGCAGAGCAACUUCUACAAGCUCCCCAUCGAAAUGGUCAACAAGACACUGCCCGUCGUCGCCAUCACCUUGCUGUCGCUGGUGUACCUGGCAGGGCUCCUGGCAGCUGCUCACCAGCUGCGCGCUGGCACCAAGUACAGGCGGUUCCCGCCGUGGCUGGCCAGCUGGCUGCAGUGCCGCAAGCAGCUGGGCCUGCUCAGCUUCUUCUUUGCAGCCGUGCAUGUGGUGUACAGCCUCUGCCUGCCCAUGAGGCGCUCCGAGCGCUACCUGCUCCUCAACACGGCCUACCAGCAGGUUCAUGCCAACGUGGAGAACUCCUGGAACGAGGAGGAGGUGUGGCGUGUCGAGAUGUACAUCUCCUUCGGCAUCAUGAGCCUGGGGCUGCUCUCCCUGCUGGCAGUCACCUCCAUUCCUUCAGUCAGCUCUGCCUUGAACUGGAGGGAGUUCAGCUUCAUUCAGUCCACCCUGGGAUAUGUGGCUCUGCUGAUCAGUACUUUCCACGUCCUGAUUUACGGCUGGAAGAGAGCUUUUGAAGAAGACUAUUACAGAUUUUACACCCCCCCCAACUUUGUCCUUGCCCUUGUUCUGCCUGCCACGGUGGUGCUAGGCAAGACGGUGCUGCUGCUGCCCUGCGUCAGCAGGAGGCUGAGGAGGAUUCGCCGGGGAUGGGAGAGGAGCCAGGUCCUGCAAGAAAGGAGUGGGCCUGUGCCACAGCCCUCCCCAGAGAGGGUAACUGUGAUGUGACGAGAGACUCGCCUCGCUUGGCAAGCCUUUGUUGCUGGGGGCUGGCCAUAAGCUUCUCUUCUGGGGAGUUUAAAGUCAAGUCACUGUGAACCCAUACAGCAAAGCUCUUAGCCAAACUAGGAGAAGCUUCACUGCAGAGCUGGGUUUGUUUCGAAUCACAGGGGGCAGGUGGUGAGGAAAGCAGAAGUUUUUAAUUCUCCUUGGCACAGUUCUGUCUGAAAAGUCUUUGGUCAUAACCCUGCUGUCCAGGUGGUUCUUUGUUGUAGCACAAACAUGUCCCAGUGCUGUUUCUUAGUCCCCAUUCUCUGGGCAGGCUUUCCCUGGGCUUGUUCCAGGCCAGGCUGGAUGAGGCCUGGAGCAAGCUGUGCUGGUCGGAGGAGUCCCUGUCCCAUGGAAGGCAGUUGGAACUGGAUGAGCUUGAAGGUCCUUUCCAAGCCAGCCCAUUCCAGGAUCUUAAGAGAGCCACCCUUUCCAGGCUGAUGAGUUCAGAACCCAGAAUAAGAGUUACUAAUUAAGGAAAUAAUCAGAGUGAGGAACAAAUUAAUGUGUAAAGAUGAAUUGAAUCGUUCCAGGGAUGGAGUGCAGUGGGUGUCAGUCACCUGCCAGCCAAGAGGGGAACCAGCAGCCUGGCCUGGAUCAGCACUAGUGUGGGCAGCAGGAGCAGGGCAGGACUCUGCCCUGCACUCAGCACUGGGGAGGCCACACCUUGGGCCCAGGGUUGUGUUUUGGGUCCCUCCGUCCAUGAAGGACAUAGAGGGGCUGGAGCAGGUCCAAAGAAGGGGAGGGAAGCUGCAGAAGACUCUGGAGAACCUCCAGUCUGUUGGGCAGCAUCUCAAGACUUAUCUGCACAUCAGCCCUCUGGAGCUGCAGUCAUCAAAGCCUCACUCCCCAGCAGCUCCUCAGCCCUUUGGCUGCUUCUGUGCCAACUUCCUGGGAAAGUUUUACACCAAUGGCUGGGAGGUGCCUGAAGCUUUGGAGAAAUAAAACUUAUUCUUCUACUUCCAAAAGCAUUUCUCUCCACAGCCUGGCACCUGCGUUUCCCAUGGCACCUCAGAGAAGGUUCACCAUGACCUGGCACUGCUCUGGCAGGUCCUGUUCUCCAGCACAGUGAGCCAGACUCAGCCCUUCAGCGUGACUCAGGCUGCACUGAGUCAGGAUCAGUUUGCUUGUAUGAAGUUCUGUUUUUGUCCUCUCUAUUUGCACUGGUUGGAUCUCUGAGCUCCUUAGCUGAGCCUUCACCUCUCAUCAGCACAGUGUGGCCACUCUUGGCCUCUCCUCCCAAGUAAUUAACAACAGGACAAGAGGAAAUGGUCUCAGGCAUCACCAGGGGAGGUUUAGGCUGGCAAUGAGAAAAAACUUCUUGGCUGAAAGGGCUGCCCAGAGAAGUGGCUGCAUGCCCACCCCUGGAGGUGUUUCACAGGGGCAGAGCUGUGGUGCCAAGGGCCAUGGCUUAGCCCCAGCCCUGGCAGCCAAAGCAGGGUUGGGCUGGGUGAACUUGAAAGGCUCUUCCAAGCCAUUCUGUUAUUCCAUGAUCCUGUGCCAUGCUUAUGUGUAGUCACAGGAGGGAUCCUGUUUUGGCUGAUCAAACUCUCUGAUUUCUGUAGACUUUCCAUUAGGAUUUGUCCUCAGGAAAUGACCUGAAGCUGGAAACUGAGUUUUGGUUGCCUAAAUAUAGCCAACUCCACCCAUUUUGAUGUCGUGGUUCCUGUAGGAGAAUAAAAACACGUCUGGAGGGAUAAGCUGCUCUAAAA